AUGGAUUGGUGGAAUACUAUAAAAACAACUGUUACAGCUAUCCAGAAUAUUCUUAUUACCACUGCUAUAGGUUUAGUGAAAGUCGGCGCGAUUGCCUUGAAAAGUUGGGCAUUUGUGGGAACUAUCAUAGCAGUUAUGGCAAUUGCUGCAGUCGUCAAAAUCAUAGAUCAAGUCAUAACACAAAAAGGUUUAGAACUUGACACACCUCAAGAAGAUUUAUCCAGUCUCGCCGAGACUGGGGAAUUCAAUUACCAUGCUUCGAUUCAUCUGAAUAAUGUACAUUUCUGCAGUGGUGCUUUCAUCGGGACAUAUUUCAUACUUACUGUGGCCCAAUGCAUGCAUACUUUCGUUAAUAAUCAAAGAGAAAUUUCAAAAAUGAAAGUAUACGUCGCCGUACACGAAGUUCCUUCUUAUUUUCGUUGUAGUUAUGCUAUUGAUAAAAUAACACUUCACCCUGACUUCAACGCCAACCGACUCGACUACAACAUGGCAAUUUUAAAGGUAUGGUUGACAGAAAAAGUCACUGAACCCCAAUAUGUGCAACCUAUUAAGUUACCAUCCCAGAGAAUGAAAAUUGAGAAUACUUUCGUGAUUGUCAGCGGUUUUAAAAGUUUCGACACGCCAGAGGUGCGAACCGAUUUGACAAAAAGUAAUAUGACAGUCAUUCCGCAGAAUAUUUGUCGCAGCCAUUUUAUCAAGAAAAUUUCAACUAGUAAAAAAUUCUGUGCAAUUCCGUCUUAUCGAUGGAAGCCCUGUCAAACUUCCAGAGGGGGCCCAGCAAUUAAUACUGAUAAAAUUCUCAUCGGAUUAUUUAUAAUGGAGAAUCCCAUUGGUUGCGCUAAAGAACUUCCAAGUAUUUUUCUUGAUGUCUCAUUUUUCAUAGAUUUCAUCAAAGCUGAAACUAACUAA